AUGCAGGGUUCUCUACCAGCGCCUGGUCCUGAUAAUCUCCAUGCUCUACAGAAAGCUAUUGAUUCAAUGGAAGAAAAGGGCUUACAAGAGGAUCCACGCUAUUCGCAACUUCUGGCAAUCCGUGCACGCUCGAAUCCACAAGAUCCGAGCAAAGGACUCUUUUCGAACACUCAACUUAGUCAGCUGAAGGCGCAGAUAGCUGCGUAUCGAAACCUAGCGCGGAACCAACCAAUCACGCAACAGAUUGCGCUAAUGGCUGCCGGCAAACGUGUCGGCGAUGCACCGCCGGAGUGUCCCACACCGCCCGCGCAGCCGCCAUCACCCUACGGCCAGGCACAGCCGCAAGUCUCUGGCAAGGCUGGCGGUGGUGGCGGGGCGCCCCCAACGCCUCUGCCUAUGACAGGACAGAUGGCGCCACCUACGCAGCCUACGCCUCCGCUUGUUAAUCCGCCGGUAGGAGGUGGCCCGCCGGUGCGCGGGGCCGCCCCGCUGCGUCCGCCGGGGCCGCCGCAGCCCGGUCAGCCCGCUCAGCCCGCACACCACCAGCCUGGCGUACCCACACCAGGCGCCAAGCAGAAUCGGAUUACAAGUAUUCCUAAACCUGUCGGAAUCGACCCCAUCCAAAUACUAAAUGAGAGAGAAAAUAGGAUUGCUGCUCGUAUAGCACAUCGCAUAGAUAUGCUGUCGAAUUUGCCAGCCAACAUGUCAGACGACUUGCGCCUUCAAGCGCAGAUAGAGCUACGGGCGCUUAGGGUCCUCAACUUCCAGAAACAGCUGCGCGCAGAGAUACUAAGUCAAGUGCGUCGCGAUACUACACUUGAAACUGCGGUAAACAUAAAAGCAUACAAACGAACAAAGAGGCAAGGCUUACGAGAAGCGCGUGCAACAGAGAAACUCGAAAAGCAACAAAAACUGGAAGCAGAGAGAAAACGCAGACAGAAGCAUCAAGAAUUCCUACAAACUGUUUUGCAACAUGCCAAGGACUUUAAGGAGUAUCACCGCAACAAUGUCGCUAAGCUGUCGCGCAUGAACAAGGCCAUCAUGAACUACCAUGCCAACGCCGAGCGCGAACAAAAGAAAGAGCAGGAGAGGAUUGAAAAGGAGCGUAUGAGACGUUUGAUGGCAGAAGACGAAGAAGGAUACCGGAAGCUCAUUGAUCAAAAGAAAGACAAACGCCUCGCGUUCCUUUUAUCACAGACCGACGAGUACAUCGCCAGCCUCACGGAGAUGGUCAAGCAGCACAAGCAAGAGCAACGCAAGAAACAACAAGAAGAGGAAAGAAGGAAGAGGAAAUCAAGAAAGAAGAAGUUGUUGGAGGGCGCAGAAAUAGAUGCGUUGGAUGACAGCUCGCAGGCGUCGGACUCGCGUGUCAAUGUCGUGGAUCCCAAGACCGGCGAGGUGUUGAAAGGCGAGGAUGCGCCGCUGCUGUCGCAGCUCAAGGAGUGGAUGGAGGCGCACCCCGGCUGGGAGGUCAUGUCCGACUCGGACGACUCCGGCGACGACAGCCAGGACGACGAAAAGAGAGAAAGAAGAGAGAGGCACAGAGAUGAAAGGACUGAUAAAGAGAAGUCCGAAGAAGAGAAGGCGCGCGAAAUGAUCAAGAAGGCUAAGGUAGAAGAUGAUGAAUACAAAACAGAAGAACAAACAUAUUACAGCAUCGCUCACACAGUUCACGAAUCUGUCACGGAACAAGCCAGUAUUUUGGUGAAUGGAAAACUUAAGGAAUACCAAAUAAAGGGACUAGAAUGGCUGGUGUCUCUUUUUAACAACAACUUAAACGGGAUACUGGCAGACGAGAUGGGCCUCGGCAAAACCAUUCAGACAAUUGCUUUGGUCACUUACCUCAUGGAGAAGAAGAAAGUCAAUGGACCAUUCCUUAUUAUUGUGCCACUCAGUACGCUGUCCAACUGGGUGCUGGAGUUCGAGAAGUGGGCGCCCACGGUGACUGUGGUGUCGUACAAGGGCUCCCCGCAGUCGCGCCGCCUCGUGCAGACUCAGAUGCGCUCCACCAAGUUCAACGUGCUGCUCACCACCUACGAAUAUGUCAUAAAGGAUAAGGGCGUCCUUGCUAAGGUGCAAUGGAAAUAUAUGAUCAUCGACGAAGGCCACCGUAUGAAGAACCAUCACUGCAAAUUGACUCAAGUGCUGAACACGCACUACAUCGCACCUCACAGGUUGCUGCUAACUGGCACUCCGCUCCAGAAUAAGCUGCCCGAACUCUGGGCUUUGCUGAACUUCCUGCUGCCCUCCAUUUUCAAGAGCUGCUCUACAUUUGAACAAUGGUUUAAUGCUCCAUUUGCUACAACGGGUGAAAAGGUGGAACUGAACGAAGAAGAAACGAUUUUGAUCAUUCGUCGUUUACAUAAAGUAUUACGUCCGUUCUUGUUGCGGCGUCUUAAGAAAGAAGUAGAAAGCCAACUGCCUGAUAAGGUGGAAUACAUCAUCAAGUGUGACAUGAGUGGGCUACAACGAGUAUUAUACAAACACAUGCAGUCGAAGGGUGUACUGCUGACAGAUGGAUCUGAAAAGGGCAACAAGGGCAAGGGCGGUGCCAAGGCGUUAAUGAACACUAUUGUGCAAUUGCGAAAGCUUUGCAAUCAUCCCUUCAUGUUCCCACAUAUCGAGGAAAAGUUUUGCGACCACAUUGGUACUGGUGGUGCUAUACUUACUGGACCUGACUUGUACCGAGUAUCGGGUAAAUUCGAACUGUUGGAUCGUAUUCUGCCAAAACUGAAAAGGACCGGACAUAGAGUGCUUGUGUUCUGUCAAAUGACUCAGUGUAUGACCAUCAUUGAAGAUUAUCUGUCUUGGAGAGGCUUCCAGUACUUAAGACUGGACGGUAUGACUAAGGCGGAGGACCGUGGCGAGCUGCUGAAGAAGUUCAACGACGCGAACUCGGACUACUUCAUCUUCCUGCUGUCGACGCGCGCCGGCGGCCUGGGCCUCAACCUGCAGAGCGCCGACACCGUCAUCAUAUUCGACUCUGACUGGAACCCGCAUCAGGAUCUUCAAGCACAAGAUCGUGCGCAUCGUAUUGGACAACGAAAUGAAGUGCGCGUUUUACGUCUAAUGACAGUCAACUCUGUUGAAGAGAGAAUUCUAGCUGCUGCCAGGUACAAACUUAAUAUGGACGAAAAAGUCAUCCAAGCGGGUAUGUUUGACCAAAAAUCUACAGGUUCUGAACGGCAGCAGUUCUUGCAAAGUAUUUUGCAUCAAGAUGGCGACGAUGAAGAGGAGGAAAAUGAAGUACCCGACGACGAUCUUAUAAACGAGAUGAUCGCUCGCUCCGAGGAAGAGCUGGAGAUCUUCAAGCAGAUCGACAUUGAACGCAAAAAGACUGAGACCAAGAAGCGCCUCAUUGAGGAGUCCGAGCUGCCCGACUGGUUGGUUAAAGACGACGAUGAAGUCGUCUGUAACAAGGGUCAAGGUUGGAACUACCUGGACGAAGAUGAGACUCUGGGGCGUGGAUCCCGGCAGCGCAAAGAAGUCGACUACACCGACUCGCUUACAGAAAAGGAGUGGCUAAAAGCCAUAGAUGAGGAAUUCGAGGACGAAGAAGAGGAAGACGAUGAUGAUGAAGUUUUGGAUAAAAAGCGGAAGAAAGGACGUAAACGACGACGUCAAGAUGAUUCUGAUGAAGAGGAGGUACCAAGCUCCUCGAAGAAAAAGAGCAAAACUGAAAUAAAUCAAGUGAAGAAGCGUUUGAAGAAUAUCAUGAAGAAAGUAAUUGACUAUACUGAUGACGCUGGACGAGUAUUGUCCGAACCAUUUAUGAAACUUCCUUCGCGACGCGAGCUACCAGAUUAUUAUGAGGUUAUCAAAAAACCUUUGGACAUCAAAAAGAUCAUGAACAGAAUUGAAGAUGGCAAGUACACUGAUAUGACGGAUCUGGAGCGCGACUUUUUCACGUUAUGUGCUAACGCGCAGACUUACAACGAAGAAGCGUCGCUUAUUUACGAGGACUCUGUGCGCCUCCGCAAUGUGUUCAUUGAGAUACGUCGCCAAUACGAGAAUGGACAGAACUCUGAUGAUUCUGAUGACAAUGAUAAAGACGAUGACGACUCUGAUGGAGAAUCAAAUCGCUCAGUGAAAAUGAAAAUUAAGUUGAAAGGCAAAAGCAAGAACACACCCACAAGAAAACGCAAGCAACGCAAGUACAUUUCUGACGAUGAAGAUUAUGAAGAAGAUUAG